CUGCGCUGCGCCGCGGUUGUGAUUUCCAAUUUUUAAUCGCAGCUGCAUUUCCCUCCCCCCGCCCCCCCGCGCCGGGGAGGAGCCCCGGCUUUAUGUGGUGCUGCCCGGGGAGCGCUCGGCGGCCCUGAAGUGCUUUGUGUCGCCGUCGCCUUCGUCUUUUUUUUUUUCUUUUUUUUCUAUUUUUUUUAUUUUUUUUUUUUUUUUUUAAUAAUGUAUAACUUAAUGGGUCUGAACAGCACGGCCGUCGCUAUUCAGCCCAAUGUGUCCUGCACAUGCAACUGCAAAAGGUCUUUGUUCCAGAGCAUGGAGAUCACGGAGUUGGAGUUUGUACAGAUAAUCAUCAUCGUGGUGGUGAUGAUGGUGAUGGUGGUGGUGAUCACCUGCCUGCUGAACCACUACAAACUCUCUGCGCGAUCCUUCAUCAGCCGGCACAGCCAAGGGAGGCGGAGAGAUGAGAAUCUGUCAUCAGAGGGCAGCCUGUGGCCGUCGGAAAGCACCGUGUCGGGGAGCGGGAUGGCUGAGCAGCAGAUCUACACCCCGCGGCCCAGCGAGCGCCUGGCGGUGCCGUCCUUCCUGCAGCGGGACCGCUUCAACAGGUUCCAGCCCACCUACCCCUACCUGCAGCACGAGAUCGACCUGCCCCCCACCAUCUCGCUGUCGGACGGCGAGGAGCCCCCCCCGUACCAGGGACCCUGCACUCUGCAGCUGCGCGACCCCGAGCAGCAAAUGGAGCUCAACAGGGAGUCGGUGCGCGCACCCCCCAACAGAACCAUCUUCGACAGUGACUUGAUAGAUAACUCGGUGUACGGGGGGCCGUGCCCCCCCAGCAGUAACUCUGGCAUCAGCGCGACCUGCUAUGGGAGCAACGGCAGGAUGGAGGGCCCGCCGCCCACCUACAGCGAGGUGAUCGGGCAUUACCCCGGAGCCACCUUCUACCAGCACCAGCAGAACAACAGCGGGGUGCCCUCGCUGCUGGAGGGCAGCAGACUCCAUCCCUCACAGAUCAAUGGCCUUGAGAGCACAACGGCGUGGAACAAAGAGAAAGAGAAACAGAAAGGGCACCCCUUUUAAAAAAGGAGAAAAAGGAGAGAAAGGCAAAGUCGGCGAAACGCUCUGCACUUCUGGUGGGAAGGAAGAAGGGGAGGGAUUGGGAGCUGAGGAAGAUGAGCAAAGGAAAAAAAAAAAGAAAAAAAAAAAGCCCUUCCCCAUCUCUCCAUGUAUAAAUAUUUACUUGUUAUGUCUGGUCUGAAUGCACAAGCCCACAAAGCUUGCAGAAACAUUUCUUUCUUGAGCUGUGUCUAGACGUUGAAAAAGGAAAAAGAAAACAACUGUAGUCUUUUAUUUU